AUGGUCUACUUUUCCGAUGGAAAUGGACGAGAUGGUUUCAUCAUCUUAGGUCCCCAUGAGAAAUAUGGAGCCUAUGGAAAAAUUAUUCGUGAAAUUCAAAGCGAUCAACAACAAGUACGACAUAAUGAAAUGUGGGAACGACUGGAUAGAAAGGUCAAAAAUUCCUCUAGUUUGAGAGAGUCCCACUACCGUUUGGCGAGUGUCAACACCAAUAAGGUGCAUGGAGCACCUUCAGAAGUGGCCGACAAAAAGUACUAUGACCAACAUGGAAACAGACCAACAUUGCUCAAUCACCACACAUCACCUUCCAACACCUCUUCGACUCUAUUGCUGAAACGGAGAACUGUAACCGAGGUCAUACUCUCAGAACCUCUCAAAAUUCCGAAUUACCAAGGUCACAUCCCUGGCACCCAUGAUAUUAUUGGGGCAAGCCCUUACUCGAGAAAAUUUAAAGAAAAUCUUUUGAGCUCGCUCGACUAUCAUGCAAACACCAUAGGCGGAGGGUUGAAUGGAUCUCUUUCUUUGCCAUCUUUGAAUAAUAAUAAUAACAAACGAUCGCAGAACUUGUCGGAAAUGACCACUCUACCACUACCAGAACACCAAGAAGAUGCGAAUCCAACAUGCCACCAAGAAACCAAUGCAUCCAAUCCAAGACAGCAGUCAAAUCAAAACAACAACAAACAAGAAACUUCCUUUCGAGUUUCACCCUCCACGAAAUCCUUCUCAAAAUUCGUUUCUCCAGUGAGAAUUCGUAAAGAGAAUCGUCAUGCUUCGUCAUAUUCUGGACAUGUGCCGUCCUCUACACAGGUCAACCAAGUAUUCAAUGCCUCUCACAAGUACUAA